AAUGUUUUCAGAGAGAGAAGGUGGAGAACAUUUCACGGAGCACCGAACCUUCGAACCUUCGAGCCAGCCACCACAACUCUCGCCGGAUAUCCGCCGCCCGUAGACGUUGCCGUUGCCGUUUUCGCUCCAUCCAGUGCCGCCGCAGUGCCGCCGGUGUCCGCCGUCUUCCACCCAGCCAAGCAGUUCGAAUUGCGGGUCGCCGCAGCUCCGGCGUCGGCAGACGAACCGAAGACGGCAUCGUCUUCCCUCCAGCCCAGCCAACCAAGGGCGCGUUUUGAGUAUCGAUUCCUCCCACCCGCUUCCUUCCCUGUGCCGGACCCUUGCGGUGGCCGCCGGAGCAUCGCCGGAGUGUCGUCGAAGUGUUGCCGGACCCUUUCAAGGUGGUGGAAAAAGUCAAACUUUGACCAAAAGGUUCCUCACGCUAGAGACAGAAUGGUUGAGUCUUAUCUUUGGUUGUUUGCCAUGUCAUACCUGCCUGAAUAUAGUAAUGGAAGAAUGUUUGCAGGAAAAUUGGCAACUAUUAUUGUUCUUCUAGAUGAUACUUAUGACGCUUAUGGCACUGUUGAGGAACUUCAACUUUUUACAGAAGCAUUUCAGAGAUGGGAUAUCAGACUCACUGAAUCCCUUCCACAGUCCAUGAAAGUAAUAUUUGAAGCAAUUCUAGAACUGUGUGAAGAAAUAGAAGAGUUGACAACUGAGAGUGGAAACUCAAACUUUGUUGUGCCACAUUUCAAACAAGCUAUUUGCAACUUAGUAAAAGGCUACCUGGUUGAAGCUAAAUGGUGCGAUGAGGGAUACAUUCCAACUUAUGAUGAAUAUAAAAUCAAUGGAAUGCUUACUUCUUGUUGUCCCAUUUUCGCUACAACGUUUGUUGGCCUUGCAGACUUUGCAACAAAAGAUGUAUUGGAUUGGAUUUUGAGUAAUCCAGAUAUACUUAGAGCUGCAUCAGUUAUUGCCAGAGUCUUAGAUGACAUGGCCUCACAUAGGUUUGAACAAGAAAGAGUACAUGUUGCAUCAGCUGUGGAAUGUUGCAUGAAGCAAUAUAGCAUUUCAGAAGGAGAGGCUUAUAACUUGAUUCACAAGGAUGUUGAAGAUUGUUGGAAGGUUAUAAAUGAAGAGUGCCUCAAAUCAAAUGAUAUCCCAAAGAUUGCACUUGAUUGUAUAGCUAAUUAUGCACGCAUGGCUGAGCUUUCGUAUGAAGAUCACAAGGAUAAAUUCACAAAUGGAGAAUUACUCAUAGAUUAUGUCUCUUCACUUCUUGUGUAUCCCUUUUGUCUCGAUCAAACCGUGAUAUGAGAAACUAUUCCACAUCUAAAAAUGAGAUAUUUUAUUACAUUUAAAGCUAUGUAUUACCAAGCAUAAAUAAGAGUCAAAUGUGGGUAUGAAAGUGGAUUCGUCCUACAUGAAAGGCACAACGUGUGAGCUGUGAUGAAGAACGUUGUUUGUUGUAAUUUUGUGUGUUGUCCUUUGCUUAAUUGUCUGUGAAAUAAUGUUUAACUAUUUACUUUGA